AUGUUUUGUUGAAUGUUGAGGACUCAGGACUGAGGUUAUGUUUUCAACCAAAUUCAAAUUGUAUUAUUUUAUGAAAUAUAUAAACAAUGUCCUUUUUGUCUUAUGCAGCAAUAGCCAUUAAAAGGGCAGUUACAUUUCGAUACCCGUUGAAGAAAAACUGUGCUAAAGCUGUCAAUGGUGCAUCAUUUAGUUCAGCGGUAACCAAAACAAUUCAUGACGUGAAUACGAAUGUUACGAAAGACGUGAUAUUGUUUAAAUAUGAAAACCCAAAGUUUUAUAAGUACAUGAAUAUAUUUGCUGUCGUCCAAUACAUGUUUUGGACAUAUUUGGGUCUGUUCGCACUGCAGAAUCUAAGAGACGUACCCGUUGAUAAAUCCACUAUCACAGCUGAUACGCCGUGGUUUAGAAAAAUAAAUUUAGGCGAGAAUAAGUAUAGAAAUACUAUAGGAAUCAUAUCAGUUGCUAUUGGGACUGGUUCACUAGCCUUGGUAUGGAUGUAUACACUGAAGUCUGUCCGCUAUCUAGUCCUAAACAAGGGUGGGCGUCACUUGACAUUCAUCACCUACUCACCAUUUGGGAACAACAGAAUGAUGAAAGUGCCCAUUGAAUUUGUUUGUUGCAAGGAGAGCCGGAAGCUGGCUAAAGUGCAGCUACCUUUGAAGGUGAAGAAUACGGUGAUGCAUUACAUGCUGGAUAUGAGAGGGGAGUUCAAACAGCCAUUGCUUUUUGACUCUACAGCGGGACUUAAGAGGAUAUGGAACUAGAUUGGAGUUUCAGAGCGCACUUAAAGAGGUAUAUCCAGUGGCGUACAUAAGGUUGUCGAUCAUGAUAAGCACUAGUAAUAAAAUUAAACAAACUGGAAAAAUCUGUAUUUAAUAAGCACUAAGAAGACAACUCUUAGGGUAUGCAGUACUUUAAUGCAUUAAUUAAGUGCACGCCACUGGGUGUAUCUUAUGAUGUCAACCACCACUGUGCAAAUUGGAUCUAGUGAGUGAAUGCAGUAUAAAGUGCUUACAGAAAAAUAUUGUGAAGCUUGUGAAGAUUUGUUGUUUAUCAAAACAACAAAGUAACUGCUGUUGUGGAAAUUACAUUUCUUUUUUAUAAAACAAGGUUAGAGGUGUAAGAUUUAUUGGUUUUUACAGUGUAACUUGCACACUUUGUAAAUAAUUAGAAUUAGAUGCUGAAAUAUGUAAGUUUGUUAAUUAAAAUCUUAAAUAAGAAAUUC